AUGGAGCUUCGAGUGGCUCCAUCGACCAGCGAGAGCAGCCAAAUCACAUCUCGUCUCACCCGACGUGUUUGCAUACCCAUAGACGUGCUCAAAGCUCGCAAGAUAUGUGCUGGCGAUCCUAUCACGCUCACGAGAAAAGUAGAGGAUGCUUUGCAGUCGCUCAGCCUAGGAGAUGCUGAGAUACAGCCUGUUGUCAUCGGUAUCGCAUGGCCAUGGGUGGAGGCAAAAGGCUUAGCAGUACAAACGAGCGCAGAGCUCUUGCAAGGAACAGGCUUCGUGUCCGGCGACAGUAUCGCAAUAGACCGCAUCGACAAGACACAGAUACACACGCUCAAGUCUAUCACACUCUCUUCGCAGCUCAGCAAUGCGACCGCAAAGUCAGAGACGCUCGACGCUAUGCGCGCUUACGUCAAAGAGCUCCUUGUCGACAUGCAAUUCGUUUCGACGAACAUACAAAUCACGAUACCCUAUGCUGGUACGACUGCCACGUUGACCAUUGCCAACUUAGUUGCCAGCACAACAUCGAGUCAGACCACGCUUGGAAAAGUCACAGCAGACACGGCGGUCGUUAUCACGUCUGGCCUCGGCAAGCCUAGCAAAGCUCGCGUGAUCGAUUACACGAGUGGAUAUGAUGCAGUCGGCGGUCUGGGAAAACAGAUUGAGACUAUCAGAGAGCUUGUCGAGUUACCUCUCCGCCGACCCGAUGUCUUUGCACACUUCAACCUCACUCCGCCCAGAGGCUUGUUGCUGCAUGGCCCGCCAGGCACAGGCAAGACGCUGCUUUGCUCUGCCAUUGCCAAAUCGCUUGCUCUACCGCUCUUUUCGAUAUCUGGCUCCGCUCUCGGCUCGCCCUAUCAUGGCGAGACAGAAUCACGAUUGCGGGCCAUCUUCGAGGAAGCGAAAGAGGCCUCACCAAGCUUGGUCCUGAUCGACGAGAUCGAUGGUCUGGCGCCGAAGCGGGAAGAAGCGGGCGAAGUCGAGAGACGGGUCGUUGCAACGCUUCUGACCCUCAUGGACGGGUUAGACAGUAAGCCAGAGGGUGGAAGUGAAUCACCGCGCAUCAUCGUCAUCGCUGCGACGAAUAGGCCCAAUUCGAUCGAUCCUGCUCUGAGAAGACCGGGUCGUUUCGAUCUGGAGGUCGAGAUAGGCGUGCCCGAUUUGCCAGCCCGACUCGAAAUAUUGCAGACGCUACUCAGACGGACGCCCCACUCGUGCGAGCCGGAAGCGCUUCAGUCGAUCAGCGAUAGGGCGCAUGGUUUUGUCGGUGCAGAUCUCGCCUCACUGGUACAUUCUGCUUGCUUAUCGGCUAUCAAGCGAUCAUCUUCUUCUCUUCUGGCUGGCAUGCAAUUGCUGCCAAGCGAUCUAGAAGCAGCAUUUGCUACCACUCGACCGAGCGGUAUGCGUGAGGUGUACAUCGAGACACCGCGUGUGUCCUGGCACGAUGUAGGGGGACAGGAAUCGGUCAAACAGCGAUUGCGAGAAUGCGUAGAAUGGCCACUACAGUAUCCAGAUUCAUUCAAGCGGCUCGGUGUCAGACCACCGCGAGGUAUCUUGCUAUAUGGCCCGCCAGGCUGUAGCAAGACGCUGUUGGCCAAGGCGCUCGCCAGCCAAGCCAAGGUUAACUUCCUCGCCGUCAAAGGACCAGAACUCUUCAAUAAGUAUGUUGGUGAAAGCGAGCGGGCCGUCAGAGAGCUGUUCAGGAAAGCUCGGGCAGCUCAGCCUUCUAUCAUCUUUUUGGACGAGAUUGAUGUCAUUGCGGGCCAUCGUGGCACGGAAGAAGGCUCAGGGAGCAGCGAUCGCGUUCUGACAAGUCUUCUGACCGAGAUGGACGGCAUCGAGGAGCUCAACGGCGUCACCAUUCUCGCAGCGACAAACCGGCCCGAUGUCAUCGACGCUGCAUUGAUGAGACCGGGCAGACUCGAUCGAAUUCUCUACGUCGGCCCACCUGACUUUGAGGGUCGUCUCGCGAUCUUUCAGUCACGCUUUGCAAAGAUGUCUGUUGCGCCUGACGUCGCACCGAGCACCCUCGCUGGGCCCAUCACCGAGGGCUGCUCGGGCGCAGAGGUGGUCAGCAUUUGCCAAGAUGCUGCGCUUCGAGCGCUCAAGGACGAUCGAAAAGCGCCCUUUGUCUCUCGCGCGCAUUUCGAAGCUGCUGCAAAGGACAUACGUCGCCGCAUUACGCCCGACAGUCUUCGCUUCUACGAGCGAUGGCGCGAUCAGGCUGGCGUGCAAAGUGCGUAG